CUCGGGUGAGAGGGAAGCGGAUGCCGGAGACCCGAGCCGGGCCCUAGGUGGCACUGCCACAUUCAGCCUGAUUCUCGCCGAGCCGGCUCAGCCUCUCCCAGGAAGGACUCCAUCCCUGGGUCCUGGGCCUGCAACCUGCCCUAUCCCCUUGGGAGCCUUCUCCAUGGUGGCCUUCGCCUCGCCUACACAGCCAUGUGGCCUCCGAGCCGCCGGCAGCUCUGUCUGGCCUUCUUGCUUGUCUGUGCCCUCUCUGCCUUCUCCUUCCUCCUGCAUCUCCACCAAGACCUCUUCCGAAACGGCCUAGCCCUGUCUCUCCCGUGUCUGGAACGCCAGCCGGUGCCAGCCCCAGUGGCCAUCGUCUGCCUGCCCGUCACGUCGCCGGCCUCCAACGCCUCCUCCUGCGCCGGUCGCCCUGCUGCCCCCUCGGGAAUCUGGACCAUCCACCCGGAUGGCCGCUUUGGGAACCAGAUGGGGCAGUACGCCACUCUGCUCGCUCUGGCCCAGCUCAACGGCCGCCGGGCCUUCAUCCUGCCCGCCAUGCACGCCGCGCUGGCCCCCGUGUUCCGCAUCACGCUGCCCGUGCUGGCGCCCGAGGUGGACAGACGCACGUCGUGGAAACAGCUGCUUCUGCACGACUGGAUGUCGGAGGAGUAUUCCCGCCUGGAGGACCCCUUCCUGAAGUUCACCGGCUUCCCCUGCUCCUGGACCUUCUUCCACCACGUCCGGGAGCAGAUCCGCAGGGAGUUCACCCUGCACGACCACCUCCGGGAAGAGGCCCAGAGACUGCUGGGCAAGCUGCGGCUGGGCCGCACGGGGGCGCGCCCGCGCACCUUCGUGGGCGUGCACGUCCGCCGCGGGGACUACCUGCAGGUGAUGCCCCAGCGCUGGAAGGGCGUGGUGGGCGACCGCGCCUACCUGCAGCAGGCCAUGGACUGGUUCCGGGCCCGGCACGAAGCCCCUAUCUUCGUGGUGACCAGCAACGGCAUGAAGUGGUGCUGGGAGAACAUCGACGCCUCCCGCGGGGACGUGGUGUUCGCCGGCAACGGCCUCGAGAGCUCGCCGGCCAAGGACUUUGCGCUGCUCACGCAGUGUAACCACACCGUCAUGACCAUCGGCACCUUUGGCUUCUGGGCCGCCUACCUGGCCGGCGGGGACACCGUCUACCUGGCCAACUUCACCCUGCCCGACUCCGAGUUCCUGAAAAUCUUCAAGCCCGAAGCCGCCUUCCUGCCUGAGUGGGUGGGGAUUAAUGCUGACCUGUCCCCAGUCCGGACACUGUCUGGGUCUUGGAGGCCCUGGAGAUUUCUGGGAUAGCCCGAUCCGUCGCGAGCUGACGGUCCCCGUCCCCAGAGAAGUUUGUGGCGUGGCUCCAGAGCAGGUGGGCACCCACAGCCAGAGUGAUUCUACCUGGGCAGACUUGGGGAGAAGGGGCUUUCUUGAACUGCCCGAACAUUCUAGAACCAACAGAAACUUUUUUUUCCCCUCCCCUGAUAGCUGGCGGUGUAAGAAGAAGCUCAGGGCCGUUCCAGAAGCCACAGUGGCCACCUGUUCUUCCUUGGACGUUUCCAGAGGGCUUUGAGGUGGCUGCCCCGGGAAGAGGGGACCCUCCGUCUAGUGUUGAUCAGCCUGGGCCUUUCUGGAAGAGGUGUUGCAACCUCCGGGACCUCAGAAGACAGAAGGGACUCGGUAGCUUUUCUACAGUCAGCAUGUACCAAAAGCCAAAACGUGUUUUGGGGGGGCAGGCUCUUGCCUACGAGGAACCCGGCAGGGCCCUCCAGAGGGGAUGGGGGAUCCUAGAUGAGGUUGGAGAAUCUGACGACAGUACAGCAGGGAGGUCAACCCCUCAGCUUGAGAGAUGGAAACAGACUCCCCGAGGCCGAGCAGCCUGACUCUGGCGAAGCCGGGGGAGCUUGGUCCGCCCCACAGCCCUUGCCACAGCCUCCACGCCUCUUCUGUGUUGUGGACAGACUGAAAGAGAAGUGUUUUUUUUGUUUUUUUGUUUUUUUUGUUUGUUUGUUUGUUUUGUUUUUUGCUGAAAACUUACCAAAGACAAGCACAGCACGUGUUGGCUGUCACAGUGAAGGAGGCCCCUCCUCUGCAGAAUCUGCCAGUCAGCGGGCAUCCAAACCCCUGCUGGGCAUGGGGGAAGCCAGUCGGUGCCGUGCCUGCCAAGCCACGCGUGCCCCUGAGCUCACAGAACCAACCACUGGAUCUGGCUUUGGCCAGGUCUGGAAAGAGAGAAUCCAAAGAUGUGUGUGGUUCCUGGAACCCAACCUUUAACCCAGGGGCAGCACAGGGUCUGGCCGAGGGCGGCAAGGUUCUUGGCUCAGAUUUCAGGAGUCCCUUGUGGCUUUCCGGAGGGUGAGGGAAUGCAGCUGUACCACAGUCCCUUCUGCUCACUUCCUCCACCCGCUGGUCCAAAACCCCGAGCCUCUACCCAUUCUUCUCAGGGACUUCCCAUUUCAGCCGCCAUGGGCAUGGAGUCGAGGUCCACACCUCCAAGCCCUGCCUCUGCAGCUUUGUGGAGCUAUGUGUCCGUGUGUGUGUGUGUGUGUGUGUGUGUGUGUAUCCGGUUCCAGACCCGGCUGCUUCACUUCUGAUCCAGCUCCCUGUAACACACCUGGGAAGGCAUCAGAAGAUGGCCCAACUACUUGGGACCCCUGAAACCCACGCGGGAGACCUGGGUGGAGUUCAGGCUCCUGGUUUUGCACUAUUUGGGGAUUGAACCAUGGAUGAAAGAUCUCUCUGUCUCUCUCUUUGUACCUCUGCCUUUUAAAUAAAUAAAUCUAAAAACAAAA